CUCAGGUUGGGCCGAGCGCCUAGCACGGAGCGGGUGGGGAGAGGCCCCGGUCCGGGCGGGCCAUGGCCAGCACCGGCAGUCCCCUGUAGGAACAAACGCGUGAGGAAGAUCGCGAGGGUCACAGUAGGACGCCGUUUCAAACGCAGUUGUUUACGUUAGUCUGACAGCGUAAACUCGGUUUGUGUGCGGUGGCAUAUCUAGAAGAUGGAGUUGUAACUGGUAUACAGACGUUGUAAUGUAUGAUGCUGUUCCAAUCCAGUCAAGCGUGGUGUUAUGCUCCUGUUCAUCUCCUUCAAUGGUGAGGAACCAAGCAGAUUCCAGCACUCCACCUGUCAUUUCCGCUUGUGGCAGCAGCAGACAGGCAUCUAACAUGGAGGGCACAGAACCCGAAUCAAGAUCUAAUUCAAACUCCUUGGAGCAACAUACAGGACAGCAGCCUCCACAGCCUCGAAAGAAACGACCUGAUGACUUCAAAUUUGGGAAAAUUCUUGGUGAAGGAUCUUUUUCAACGGUUGUCUUGGCUCGAGAAUUGGCAAGUUCUAGAGAAUAUGCCAUUAAAAUUCUAGAAAAACGUCAUAUCAUAAAAGAAAACAAGGUACCGUAUGUGACACGAGAGAGAGAUGUAAUGUCCCGUCUGGAUCACCCUUUUUUUGUGAAACUCUACUUCACCUUUCAGGAUGAUGAAAAACUAUAUUUUGGACUUAGCUAUGCCAAAAACGGAGAGCUGCUGAAGUAUAUACGCAAAAUUGGCUCAUUUGAUGAGACCUGUACAAGGUUUUAUACUGCUGAAAUUGUAUCAGCCCUGGAGUAUUUGCAUGGCAAAGGAAUCAUUCACAGGGACCUUAAACCAGAGAACAUCUUAUUAAAUGAAGAUAUGCACAUUCAAAUAACAGACUUCGGAACAGCAAAAGUAUUAUCUGCAGAUAGCAGACAAGCGCGGGCAAACUCAUUUGUAGGGACAGCACAGUACGUUUCUCCAGAACUGCUGACAGAGAAAUCUGCCUGUAAAAGCUCUGACCUCUGGGCUCUGGGAUGCAUAAUAUAUCAACUUGUAGCUGGAUUGCCUCCAUUUAGAGCUGGAAAUGAAUAUCUUAUAUUCCAGAAGAUAAUAAAGUUGGAAUAUGACUUCCCAGAAAAAUUUUUUCCCAAGGCAAAAGACCUUGUGGAAAAGCUGUUGGUUCUAGAUGCUACCAACCGAUUAGGUUGUGAAGAAAUGGGAGGAUAUGGACCUCUUAAGGCUCACCCCUUCUUUGAAUCCAUUGUGUGGGAGAACCUACAUCUUCAGACACCCCCUAAACUUACAGCAUAUUUACCUGCUAUGUCAGAGGAUGAUGAAGACUGUUAUGGAAAUUAUGACAAUCUCCUGAGUCAGUUCGGUUGCAUGCAAGUUUCUAGUUCUGCCUCUUCCCAUUCACUGUCUGCUGCAGAGACAAGUACACCACAGACAUCAGGAGGAAAUAUUGAACAGUAUAUUCAUGAUCUUGACAACAAUUCUUUUGAGCUGGAUUUACAGUUUUCUGAAGACGAAAAGAGGUUACUUCUGGCAAAACAAGCUGGUGGAAAUCCUUGGCAUCAGUUUGUAGAAAAUAACUUAAUCCUAAAAAUGGGUCCAGUGGACAAAAGAAAGGGAUUGUUUGCACGUCGGCGCCAAUUGCUGCUUACGGAAGGGCCCCACCUGUAUUAUGUGGAUCCUGUCAACAAAGUUCUAAAAGGAGAAAUUCCAUGGUCUUUAGAGUUGCGUCCAGAAGCCAAGAAUUUUAAGACAUUUUUUGUUCACACGCCAAACAGGACAUAUUACCUGAUGGACCCAAGUGGGAAUGCUCAUAAAUGGUGCAAAAAGAUACAUGAAGUUUGGCGGCACAGAUACCACCAGAAUGCUGCAAAAUAGUAAAGCUCAUCCAAAAUUUCCCAGUUUCCCUACUUGCUGCUAGAACUCCGUGUGCAGCCGAUCAGAGGAAUCUUUUCAACCCACCUAUUUACCAUCUCAAGGGGAAGCAUACGUCUGAAAUGUUCUCGGUUUUGUUGGUUUUUUUUUUUGUUUUGUUUUUUUUUUUUUUUUUUGCCUUUGCUUUUGGUUUUCUUCUUUUGUUUGGGUUUUUUUUUGGGGGGGGGGUUUGUUAUUUUGUUUGUUUGUGUGGUUUUUUGGGUUUUUGUCUUUUGUUUUUUUUGGGGGGGCAGUGGUUUGGGUUUUUUUUUUUUUUAAGAAGAAAAAAAAAGGAAGAAAAGCAAAAACCUAAUGGAAUUCAGGGUUGCUUUGCUCGCUCUUUGUGCUUCUGUUGAGGCUUCCACUUGCAUAUCAUUGCUGUGAAGAUCUUGCUUUUGUGCACGUCAGUUCUGUUUCUGCUGCAGACUAGUGGAUAGACCUUGCAUUACCAGCUUCACUUAAGAUGAGUUAAAACCAAUCCACACGCACACAUGCCGAAUCAUGUACCAGCCUUGCAUUUUAUGGGGCUGGAGUUUUCUGUGAUUCUCAGAUUAUCAUUAAACUGUGUUUCAUCAGGGAGCUUUUAUAUGCCUCUUCUAAGUACCACCUCUUUGUUUUCUCUUCCUUUCCUCACAGUCCCCCAGCUUAUUGGUAUAUGGCAUUUAUAGCCAGGUUGGUUGCACCCUUGUGUAAUUCCUAACAUAGUUCUGAUUGCAGGAUUUGUGUGGUACUAUAGUAAUUAUGGGAAUGAAUCAGAUGUGUUUGUCUGGCAGACCGGCUCCAAUGAUAAAGCUUUUGAGAGAGAAAAUGCUGAACAUAGCACUGAAAUUUCUAAAAUUGAAAUGUUGGCUUCUGAAGCCUUUUAAACAUUAAGUUUAAAUUUUAAUAUAAGUCAUAUGUGUGAUUAAUCAAGGGACAAUAAACUUACCAGCAUGCUUUUAACUAAUGCUAACUAAAAGAGAAACUAGUUAGUAUGGGGGGAAAAAAGGCUACUAUUGAUAUAGUAGAUAGUUUUUCACCUUUUCAGCAGAUGAGGGCUGGAAGCUUUCUUUCCAGCGUAUGCAUGUGUUGUGCAUUUUAGUGGGGCCAACCUGUUUUCUUGGGUAGAGAAGGAAAUGUGAAAACUUUGUACAAUUGAUUACUUGACUUUUUUUUGGUCUCAUUGUGUAAUGAGAUGUCAAUUCUGUUUUUGGUCCUUGGCCAAACAUUCAGGAACUCUGGAAAAAUGUAAGGAAUUGAAAUACAGAUAAUAAAGUAAUUUGGUGAGAAAAUCAAAGGCAAAUACUGAUACAAAGGAGAAAAUAUAUGGUACUUAUAGCAUAUCUAUAAAAUGAAAAUAUCGAUCUCCUUUAUCCUCUUCAAAUUAUGGCUGUUUUUUGUGGUCAAACAUUUCUUGUCAUGUUACAAUGACACGACUUCCUGUGUGCUAAAAAAAAAAAAACUUCCCCAGUGGUAUUUUCUACAUGCUUGUGUUCCUAAACCUUGCAGAAGAGAAUGACCUAGGUCUGGACAAAGGCAUUCCUUCUUUUUUUUUAAAAGCAGUAUAAACAUCGCACCUAUUUAUUCACUCAUUACAUAUACCAUAACGUUGCAUUUUGAGUUGUCAUACAAUGAUGUGAUUUUCCUUCCACCAAAGAAAGGUUUCUCUACAAUGUUGAAAAAACUCAUAGGCUACUAUUCUCUAGAAGCAGUAUUUUAAGGACAAUGGCUUAUAAGAUUUCUUAUAAGACACAUGAAUGUUGAAUAUUUUCUUGUAGAGGGUGAAGGAGAUUUAUUAUUGAUCUCUUAAAAACUGUGUUAUGUGGUUGAACUUGAUGGCAGUUCAGCUUUUCCAGUCUUUAAAAGAGACAGUGCAGUGCAGUUGCCUUUUCUUUUGGAGCAACUGCAUUCCUGUAGUCAUCCGUAUCCCAUCACAUACGGAAACCUGAGAGAAGCAAAUCCCUGGCUUACUGUGUCUGGUAUUAAGGGGGAGAAGGGGUCCUGUAAAUGGCUUAGGAAGACAUAAGAGUGUUCCCUUUUCAUCAUGAGAAAUUCCAUCACGUACAAAAUAUAGUCCUUGUCACUCAAAUUUGAAUAGCACACUGUACCUUUGAUCUGUGUCUGUAGUAAGCUAUAUGUGCUGUUCUAUCCAAGAUAACAUGUAUUUUAAGUCUGUUGCAGUGCUAUCCAUUUGUUCUCCAGCUGCCAAAUUUUGGCCAUGUAUUGUGUCCACUGGAGACAACCCUACCACUUUUGGAUUUAGUCUCUGCUAUUGAGAUCUAGAUAGGUGUAUUCCCAACUUCGUACAGGAGAGUUUGGCAGUGAUGGGGAUUCACAGUGCCACUACUGUUCAGUGUGACAAAACUUGGCCUCACAUAAAAAGUCUGGCAAAAUGACCUUCAUUGGCCUGUUAACUAGGUGGAGAUCUAGAUGUGCUUAAACAUGUUUUCUGUAAUAUUUAGAUUUUUAGUCAUUUUACCAUAGCAAAUUAAUUGUGUUUUUUCACACCUUGAAAAUCUUCUCUCAGUAGGCUUUCAUCCUGCCCACCAAAAGCUUUCAGCCAGCCUUGUAGAUCUUGGUAGCAGUAAGCUGUCAAGAAGGUAUCUGGAAGGCUGAUGUCUGCAUUCUAUAAAUCCUUUUUUUUUUUUUUUUUUUUUUAAUUUACAAUGCUGUUAUUGGAAAACUGUAAGCAUCUCGCAUCUCUUACAGGCAUCACUCCACUUAGAGCUUCAGUAUUCCUAAUCCAGUCUUAGCUACUGCUUUUUUGGGAAGGAACUAGAACUUUCCUGGGAGAGGUAUUUCUAUUUCUUGGACUAUGUGUAGAAUCUGUGGGUUUGAAAGGUGACAAGAGUAUAGAGUAAGGCAUCACAAAGUAAUUGUGGAUUCAAGUAUGUUUUACCAGUUUGUCCACUUAAAUGUGUGUUGAAAGGUGCUGCAUACAUACUAUGAAGGGCUGGUACCCAUUUAAAAUGCUUAUACCUGAUGUGGGGUAGAAUCAGGUCUUUGUCCUGAAGAUCACUCCUGUGGUUCAUGGGAGUUCAUGGAAUGAAAUGUGCAAAGGAGGUGCUUCAGAGCUGCACAUAGGCCAGGUGAUUUUUCUGCUUUUAAUCCAAGGGGUUCAAAGGAGAAAAAAAAAAAUUAGGUACUUGAAGACUCUUCUUCUUACUGCAGACCUACUGAAAACCAAAUCUGUUGAUUCAUUCCAUCUCUUGAAAUUUCAACAGUUGUUGAUCAUUUAUGAAGAAUCUGGUCAAUAAUGUUGUAAUUUUGCUUUGCUUGGUAUUUGAACUUCAGAAAGGUAUUUAUUCCAUCUUUUUCUGUGGUGUGGAGCUUAAAAAAGGAUGAAGUACUACUGCCCAGUCACAAGAAGUUUAGAACUACUUUAAUAAACAGAGAAAUUAGUUUGUUGCCAUUUGCCUUUAAGUCCAGUUUUUUAUUAAGGAAGAGUUACUUCAGAUGUGAUGUUGAGGCAUUGCUAGCAGACUAAUAUUGCCUAUUAGGAUUCCAUUAGCUAGGUACUUAAGUACUGAAAAGAUCAAAUUAUCAGUACUGUGCUCUACUUUUCUCCUUCUGAUGUGAUUUAAUUGUGAAGUAUCUGCUAUAUAUGUCUGAAAAGAAUUGUGGAUUGAAACAAUGAUGUGAUUAUUCUAAUCAGCUUUCAUAGUUCAAGAUGCUUAAUUUAAUGUGCUUGAUACAAUUAUUUUUUGUGCUGGGAACUUUGAAGAAUUAUGGGAAUUGUCCACAUGUACAUUUUCUUCUGAACGAUUGAGUAAAGUCAAGACAAUUACUUCAUUUGGCCUGUGGACAAAGCAUUUGAUUUCAACACCUUGCUGAGGAGAGAACUUGUGUAUUAAUAGUUGCCUAAAGAUGUGGCCUCUGGAUGGAUUCUGAUCAUUCUUUCUACUAGUAAAUGGCACAAAUAGGUGCAGUAUUUAUAUCUGAAAUUUUGCUGAAUGUCUGUAAUGCUUCAUGGAAAUGUUUUGUGAAUCAAAUGGAAGUGCUCCUGCAAAGCCUCAUGAUGCAGAUUGUCUAUCAGUUGAUCAGUUGAUCAACUACUACAGACAAGUAGUUCUGUAAUCCAAAAUGGCAUGUUUUCAUUUAUGACUGAUAAUUUCAGAAUGUUUCCUCUUUCAUAGAAGAAAUUACCGUUAUGCAGCAAACAGUUGGAGAGGUUCUUAAGCACGCAAUAGCCUGGUUUUAGAGUAAAGAGAAUAUACUGAGUUGGAAAGGACCCAUCAAGGUCAUCAAGUCCAAUUCUUGGCACUGCACAGGACUCCCCAGCAAUCCCACCAUGUGCCAGACACCUUGAACUCAGGCAGGCUUGAUAGUGUGACCGCUUCCUGGGGAGCCUGUUCCAGUGUUUGGCCACCUGGCCACCCUCUGCGUGAAAAACCUUUUACUGACACCUAACCUAAAGCUCCUGUGACUCAGCUUCAUACAGUUUCCUCAAGUCCUGUCCCUGGUCAAUAGAGAAAUCUGUCAUAUCAGCUGGGCCAUGAAUGUAGAUGAUUGCCAUUUGACAAAGCUUCCUAUGGCCAUGUACUAACUGACUUGAUAUGGUGAAUGUUCGCAAUGGUAGCAGAACUGAAAACUGUAUCUGACAAAAGAGAAAAAUUAGGAACCAGAUUUGGUAGUUGUAUGCUGUUUUCAGGUUGCUGGCAGUCAGUUACAUGUGUAAUAUGUUCUACCUAGUUUGUAGCUGUAACUGUGAUGUACAGGAAAAAAGAAAAAACCCACCCCACAGACAUAAAACCCCUGACCCUCCGUCAACAAACCACAAAACAAUCUCCCCUCCUCCAAGAACUCGUGAAAACAGAAGCAAAUAAUGCAAUGAUAUGAUAUACACUUUUGUAUUUUUAUUCUUCUAAGGUUAUUUGCUGGCUCUUGUUGGCCUCUAGUUCAGUAUGUGUUAUUUAAAUUCUAAUAUAUGAAUUAUUUGGAUUGAAUUCAUGUUUGGGGCCAUGCUGUUGUAUGUAUUGAUGUACAGCCUUGAAUGUGAAUAAUUAUUGUAAACUAUAUUUUACACCUUUUUUCUGGCUUUAUUAUAUAAAUUUUCUAUUGGUCGAUGAUUUAAUCAUAUCUCAUAAUUUAAUGACGGUUUAUUCUCCUCUCGACAGAUCUCUGUGCUAUAGAUGUGUAGUUAGUGACUGGAUGACGGAUUUCACUUAUGCUUGGUAGUCUGUAAUAAAGGCAUGUAGGGUUCUG